AUGUCUUUCAACAAACAAGAGGUGAUCCAAUGCUUCGUAAAUACCCUUGAUAAUGAUAGCAAUACCAGACAGUUGGCGGAACAAUCAUUACUUAAUAACCUCAGUCAACCUAAUUUCUUGAAUUUCUUGUUGAGUCUUUCAGUGGAUGAUGAAAUUGAUGGGUUUAUCAGAUUGUCUUCAGUACUUUUUGUGAAGAACUCUAUUGUUAGAUACUGGUUGAAAAGAAAUCAGCAAGUUACCAAAGUGUUGGGCAAUAUUUCGAUCAAUGAAAACGAUAAAGUAUCAGUUAAAUCCAACUUGAUCCAGGUAUUGAGCCAGUCCAUCACCAAAUUGGAUGAACAAAAUAACAAGCAAGGUGGGGUGAUUGUUACUCACUUAACUUCUAUAAUAACCAACUUUUUGGAGUCUUCUGAAAAUGAUAAUAAUAUGUUUGGGCACGAAUUGUUGAUGGUCGUUGAAGAAUUGAUCAACACUAGCAAAGCAAGCGACAAUAUCAUUAAUUCUAGCCAUUUAAUGAGUGCGUUAUUGAUAACUUUUGAAUUAUCAAAAUAUUAUAGAUGGUCCAUUCAAGGCUUCAACACUUCGACAACCUCCAAUAUCAACAUUGCUGACCAAGUCAAUGAUUCUAUUGUGUUGCUCAACAAGUUGACACAAUUCAUGAGUCCAAUAUUAUUGAACUUAUCAAUGACUAUCCUCGGAAACGUCACUUCUGCCGAUAUGUUGGAUCCUUCACUUAAUCGCCAAUUCCAUUUAUUAUAUUUAGCCCUAAAGAUUUUCAAGUUCACCAUGUUCAAUGAUUUGCCUGAUUAUUUACUCUCCAUUGAGAAUAAUAAAUUUAUUCAUAUGGACAAUUGGAUUGGUAUACAAUUAAAUAUUGCUAAACUCGGUUUCCCAAUAAAUUACAAGUUCAAUUGUGGGAAUCAAAAGGAUUAUAGAAUGAAAUCUCAGAAAUGGGCUAUGGCGAAUUUGACCAGAAUUUUCUUGAAAUAUGGCCAGGGUGAUAAAUUCGAUGUCAACAGGUAUAACAUUAAUGUCGAACAACAUAGCGCAUCAUUGAAGAAUUUCCAAGUCUAUUAUCAACAAGAGUUUUUGGGUCAGUAUUUUGAAACCUUUUUCAGUUUGAUUGAUCAAUGGCAUUCCAAGAAGUUGUUAAUAUUUGAUGAUUCACUUUAUUAUUUGGUUAGAUUUUUCAGUUUCACAUUAAAUGACGAAAAGAUUUUCCAAUCUUACUUGUCAUCGAAUUUGAAGUCAUUAAUUCAGUAUCUCAUAUUCCCUUCAAUAAUAUUGAAUCAAGAAAACUUGUCCUUGUUUUACGAAGAUGAUGAGGAGUUCUUCAGAAAGAUUUAUAACCUGCCUUAUGAUACACACAGACCAGAUACUGCGUCGAUUAAUUUCAUGUAUAAGUUGACUAACACUUAUUUUGAUUCUGUUAUUGGCUGGCUAUUUGAAUUUUUGCAUGAAAUUUUUGUCAAGAGAAAAAGUUAUAGAGAGGGAAUUGAAGAUACCAACAGCGUUCCCGAAUCAAUUCAACAAGAUUUAUCAGGUAAUAAUAACGAUUUUAAGGCGUGUAAAUUACAAAAUGCCUUGGAAGCUGAAGCAGCAUUGAGACUAAUGGGUAUAAUAUCUCACCAUUUGGUCAACAAAGAAACUUCUCCUAUCAAAUCGCAGAUCGAUGAAUUGAUUAACUCAUAUAUAACUCCAGAAAUUCUCAACCAUGAGUAUUUAUUUUUAACCGCUAGAGCUCUUGAUGCUUUGGCAAGUUUCAACUAUUCUUUUACAGAUUUGACCGCGUUGUCCGAAGCCUUUAAAGGGGUUAUGCAAUUGCUUGGCGACGACAUAAACGAAGAAUCAUAUUCUGUUAGUAGCGAUAUUACCGAUUGUUUCUUGAUUCAAGUUGAAGCACUUGAUGCUCUAAAAUCGUUAUUGGUGAAUGCUGAUAUUACAAAUUAUUUGAGAAGUUCUGUUAAUAAAAUUGUGUCCAAAUUGUUACAAUUGAUUUCCGAGUAUGAGGUUGACUUUCUCACCACCAUUCUUGAUGAGUUUAUUACCACCUUUUCCGCUGAGUUGAAACCAUUUUCCAAUGAAUUGUCAAUCAAGUUGUCGCAACAAUUCCUUAAGAUUUCUUCAGAAUUAAUGGAAGUCUAUGCCCUCAAAGCAAACUCAAAUGAGGAUAACAUGGACAAGGUUGUUGCGUUGACCAAUGCGGAGGGAGACAAAGAAUCUCAAUGUAUUGGUGUGAUUAACAAUAUUUCGGUAAUGAUUGAAACCAUGAGCACCGAAAAACUUUUGUUGAUUCAUUUUGUUAUGAAUUUUGACCCAUGUGUUCAGUUUGUGGUUCACAACUCAAUGAUUGCCUUGAUUGAUGAAAUCAUAUCUCUUUCUACUUUAUUGUUGAGAUCUAUAUCGAGAGUCACCAGAUCAAUUCAAAAUAACUUUGAUUACAUUUUGGACAACUUUAAUAAUUUUGGAUGGAAUGAUUUUUACGAUUAUUUUAAUAAUUUCUUUGAGAGUUAUGUGAUGAUAAAUUAUAAUUAUAAAAUUGCUUGGGAAAACCAAUUCAAUAACAAAAUCCAACAGGAAGUUUCAUCUAAUGACAACAGCAAUUUAUCGUUAGAUGAAGUAGAAAAAGAGUUGAAAAAUGUUCUUGAUAUUGAUUAUUUCACAUUGGAUUCCGAUAAUAGAAUUUUGACAUUGAUCAAACUAAAUACCCAAGUUCAAAACGAUGCGAUAAUGGAGUCUAACUACAGAAAUAUCAAUUUCACCUUGGCGUUGUUUGAGGAUAUUAUUUUGAGUGUCAACAAUGCCUCGUUAUUCAAGGUCUCCAACGCUAAUGUUUUGGAUUAUUACUUGAGUAUUGACAAUGUGAACGAUUCAAAUAUGCAAGAAAACCAAAUCAUUCAAUCGAUUUUAGAAGAUUGUUUGAACUGUUUCUUGAACGUGUUGUAUGUCAAUUUGGAGGAAAUUGUUUUGCUAACCGAAGAAGAUGCAGAUUUAUCAUAUAUUGAUUUUGAUAUCAUUUAUUUGAUCAAUAACUUUUUGAAGUUGUUGUUCAUUCUUAUUCUAUAUAAACCGAUUUUGACAAUUCAGAUUGUCAACAAUUUCGGAAAGAUCAGCAACUUGUUGGAUAUUUUGAACAAAAUUGACGAUACAAACUCUUUACAAGCUGAUGAGUUGCCUUAUGAUAUGGUUAAUGAUAGCAAUCCUCAAUUGAGUUUCUUCCAAUUAUUGAAUAAGCUAUGGCUCACCAUGAAUGGUAACAAUUCAUUUGUUAAAAUGAAAAAAUCCAGCAAGUUUUCCGUGAAGUUGCAAAUUCUAACAAUUUUGAAAUUUGUCAAGAAUCAAGAUUCUCUUAAGGAGUCUUUGCAAUUGAACAAAAAUGAAAACUGUAAUAAAUGGUUCGAUAUUUGGAUCCAAAAAGCUUACGUCAAGUUGAUCGAAGUUGUAUCGGAAAUUCCAAAAUUAUAUGAGGCUGAGCAGAAAACCAAGGCUGCCUUGCAAUCUGAAAACUCUAAGGGUUCGAACUCUGCAAAUGCCACCGGUGCUGAUGAUGAAGAUGACGAAGAAGAUGAUGCGGCAUUUUUUGCAGAUUUCCUUGAUGAGGAAGAGAUUCUCACUGUGGACAACCACAAUUUCAACGAAAGUAUAAGAUUACAAUUGUUGAACCACAAAAAUUUCGCCAAUGUUGGUGACGGCCAAAAAAUCAAUGUUUUGCAAGAAUUCAAUCACAUCAUGCAAUCCUUAGAGAGUUCUGGCAACCCAGCAUUUACAUUGAUCAGCUCAUAUAUCAAUCAAAAGAACUUGGGUGAGUUGGUUUCCAAGGCUAUUGAAAUCGAUAAUAAUGGGCUUUUGGUUGAUUUUUAG